AUGAAUGCUAUAAAUUAUGCUGUAAGUAAUGCUGCUGAUGUUGGAUCAGUCAUUGGUGGUGGAUUAGCUGAUGCUACUGCUGCUGUUGGUGGUGCUUUAGCUACUGCUGGUAGUGCUGUUGAUGGGGCUGCACAAACUGCUAUUGCAGGUGCGGAAUCUGUUGGGGGAGUUGCUGGAAGUGCUGUUGAAGGAGCUGCUUCAACUGCUGAAGCUGGUGCUAAAUCUGUUGGUGGUGAUAUUACUAGUGGUGGUGCUGCUGCCACUGCUGCUGCCACUUCUUUAGUUGGUGGUAGUGAUGCUGCUAGUAUUACUUCUCAAAGUUUAAUCUCAGAUGUUGCUAGUGAUUCUAGUCCAUCCAGUGUCAUUGACAUUUCUGCUGAUGUUUCAAAGGCUUCAGCUUCAACUAAAUCCCGUUCAUCUUCAUCAUCUUCAUCCACAUCUUCAUCAAGUGCUGAUGCUUCAGAAUCCAGUGAUUCCGGUGCUAUGGGUACUUACCAAACCAAUUGGAAAUCUACUGCUGCUAUUGUUGGUAUCGUUGGAUUCUCUUUUAUGUCCAGCUUAUUUUAA